AUGUCCUACUUCAGUACACCGACUAAACAGUCGAAAUCUACGUACAGUCCACAAUCAUGCUUGAAACAACAAGAUAUGAACAGUUCUUUUCAGAAAUCACACAAACCCUGCUCUUCGCAAGUGCGGUUCUCACUCCCAGUAGAAGAAAGAUCAAGCGACAUUGAUACAACUAUUGAUAAUGAUGAAGAAAACCAUCCUAAUAGUCACUUUGGACAUGAGAAAAAUCCUCACUUCCUAGAUUCAGACAAAUCUCAUACAAGAAUGAGUUGUUCAAGGUCAGAGUCUCCUAGCAAAAUUGUGUAUCCGGCAUCGUUAAACAUGCAUGAGGAAAUGCCCACGUUUGUUGAUUAUUCCAAGAAAGUUAACGUUCCUGUGCCGAAAGAAAUAUGGGAUCAUCAUAAUAGGUAUCAAAGUAUGAGCACAAUGGACCAUUCUGGUAGUAUCCAUGCCACUCCUGAUGGAUCUCCGCGUAAAUCCCACUCAAGAAACAAUUCGAUACAAUCUAUAAUCGUGGAAACUAUCGAAACCUACAAUCCAAGAUCCGGUAACAAUUGUACCUUGGACUUUCAAGAGAGACCAAUUUUGCUGCCAAACGAAAACACUGCAUCGGAACUGUACAUUAGAUCAGAUUCGCCGAUGAAUAAAUACGAAGUACCCAUUCCAUUACAAAUCCACUUACCGCCAUAUCUUUCUCCUGAUAAUAAGAAUAAGAGGAGAAAUAGCUUGGUGUUCGAUGGUGAUGGUUACUCCGUGUAUUUGGGAGAUGGCGACUCGGAUGCUUCAAGUUCUUCAGAUACGCAGGAUUAUUUGCAGAAUUAUGUGGAAGAAAGUGAUGUAUCUAUUCCUUCGGCAGAUAAUAACUUGUCUUUCAAUGUUAGUGAUGAUGAUGUUGAUGCUAAGUUAGGUAUUGAUGAAGAUGCCAAUGUUGACUUAAAGAAACAAGUCCGGAACUUGAAGAAGAGUUCAACACAUCACUCAAAACCAGCGUUAAAUAAAACAUUACCUGAAAUUGAGAUCCAAAACCCGGAAGCUAAGUUAGUCAAAAGUAAUGCAUUAAAAAUCCUUGCAACGCCGACGAAAGAAAUUACCAUUCCAGCAAUUGAAGACAUACCUAGACCAACUACAAAGAACGGAACAUUGGCAUUCUUUAAUAGCUUUACGGAAUCUAAAGAGCAGAUAUCGUCGAAGAACUCGGAAUGUCCCGCAAAGAAUGAACCGAAUCUGAAUUUCAAAUUUCCUCCAAACUCUGAAGUUCCAAAUGAUGAUAAUAACUUUUUAAAGACUUCUGCGGACCCUUCGAAUGCAGACAUAGAAAGAAGAAGGCAAAUGCUGCGGCAGAAUAUGGGCCCUCGAUCUCAUGCCCAUAAAAGGUCGAGAAGUAUUCAUAAUGGGACAGACAUGUUUGUGACAAUGUCUCCCGUGAAUGACAUACACACUCAGGAAGAAAGCAGUCCGCCAGCUCCUAAAAUACCCCAAAGAUCUCCUCUAAGACCUAGCAGCAUGUUGAGCCUGCGUACUGAGUACCCUGGAAGUGAAACAGCCACUGUGGCGAUAAAUUCUAGAAAUAAAACCCUUAGUAUUGACGAAACCCCAGGUGAUAAAAGUGUGGAAGAAGUUUACGACAUUUCUUCAGUAUACAGUUCUGAAGAUGACCAACAAUUUAGUUUCAUGAAUAGCGCUGAGGCACUACCCAAGGUUACUGUCGAUGAACAAUCUCAAGAUGACGAAGUACCCUCUAAAGCUACUCCGAUCGCCAUUAUCGUAGAGAAAAAUGCCGAACAGGGCCGUGUAAAUUCCAGCUCACCAAUCCCACCAAAACCGUUGUCCACCAUCCACUCAUUUGCAACUAAUAUUGAGACAUCUUUGGAGAUUCCAACUAGUAGGAUAAUGGCAGAAGCACUAAAAGAUAUUAGCAGAAACAGAUCUCUCCUGGAUCCAGCUACUAGACUUUCAAAUAAUACAAAAACAAACAGUCAGUCAUCGUAUGAAUCAGAGGUAUCACAUAGAUCGUAUUCCAGUAUUGCAACUACUGUCACUGAACCUGCGUUAACGGAAACAACUGGUAAAAAAUCUGAUCAGUAUAAGUUGCCGAAUAUAUGGCAGGCAAAGUCCUCUAAGGCUCCAGAGACCCGCCCAUCAUGUUAUUCUAAUGACAAACUACGUGCAAGUGACAGCAACAAACUUCAAGAUUUCCACAGCCACUACAAUCUAGAUAAAGACUACACCAUACUUGAAAAUCACGGUGGCAAAAUGGUGGAGGUUAUAGUGUUGGAUCCUCCUGAAGAUGAUGCAAAAAACCACUCCUUAAGCUUCGCAAGUCCUCGAUCUCAAAGAAAAUCGGCAGAAAUUGCUGAUUUAUGCGAACAGACAGCAGAAGAACUCAAGGGCUUAAUACUUGAGCUAACUUCAAACAAUAAAAAGGAACCGGGAACUAUAUCUAAGUCAAAAUCCUUGCCACCACUCCCACGACCUUUGCUCAAUGGACAAAAGAAUGCACUGCGCCAUAAUAAAAUGUCUCCUGAAAAGCAGAGAAGAUAUAUGGAGAGAAUACAGGGGAUACAACACUAA